AUGUCUGACGAAAAGAUCAUCGAAGACGUAUCGGAGGUCGAGGACUCGGGGCUCAUCGAAGCUUACAUUCGUUUCAACGAUGAUGAGGAGAAGGAUUAUUGUUUUCAGAUUAAGGUAUCAUCAGUGUUUUCUGACUUGAACAAGAUUUUCAACAGCCUCCCGAUUUCUCUUCGUCCCAGUAUUUUCUUUAAUUCACGUCCUGUGGGCUAUAAGGUGCUGACUUCGCCCGGCUACUUGACCGAGGAUGGCGCUUUGCUUUUCAGUUACGAGGUGAGUAAAAAGGAGUUUCAAAAAUCAGUAUCUCUUAAUGAUAAAAUCAGCGAUAAAGUUUGGCCGGGCCAACUUAUUCUUCCUGUUUGGGAGUUCAAUUACUUUGGAUUCUACAGCUUUGUAUUGUUCUUGUUGACGUGGCUUUACACCGAUCUCCCAGACUUUAUUUCUCCCACCCCUGGUAUCUGCUUGACCAACCAAAUUAGUAGAGUAGUGGGUAAUUUACUAAUCAGAUUCGACCAGCACAAGAUUGCAGAGUUGUUUUUGGCUGAUCUCGAGACGGAAGUGGGAAUUACUGCCCAGAUUUUGUUUUUCAUCGUUCAUGUCGUCAAGUGUUUGGGUAUCUUAACUGCACUUUACAUUGGAAUGUUCAACCCAAUUCGGGUGUUCAAGUUUGGCGAUACACCACCCAAGGAUGUUAGUAAGGAACAAUUGAUUGACAUGGGAUGGACUGGUGCGAGAAGAGCUACUCCAGAAGAGUACAAGGACUUUUACCGUGAAUACAAAAUCAAGCAACAUGGAGGCAUGAUUCCCGCUCAUGAAGCCGGUUUAUUCAAGAAAUUGGAACAUUUGGGAGUUUUCUUGGGUAGAGGUGAAGGGUUCGACACUCCAUUGGAUGAUAAAUCUACACUCAAAGAUCUUUUGGAUGAAGAUAAUCAGAAAUUCACUCUCAACUACCAAUACUUGGCCAAGUUGGGUCAGUUUUUCGAAUCGUACACCGCCGAAAACGACUCGAAUAUGGUGGAGGCCAUUAAACAAUUCAGAAGGUACGGCAUCUUGCACAGCGACGAAGUGAUCUCCAAGAUCGUUUCCAUCAGAAAGGGCCGUGGAGACUCUCGUAUCGAGUAA